AUCAGGUUUCCUGGAGGUUCUGUGGUCUUGUCUGGAAAAAGGAACAACCAUGUCGGACGCGGUGGUCAGUUUUUUGAAGGAUUUUUUGGCUGGUGGCAUAGCUGCUGCCAUCUCCAAGACAGCCGUCGCUCCAAUUGAAAGAGUCAAACUGUUACUGCAGGUGCAACAUGCCAGCAAGCAGAUCACAGCUGAUAUGCAGUACAAGGGCAUCAUUGACUGCGUGGUCAGGAUACCAAAGGAGCAGGGUUUCCUUUCCUUCUGGAGAGGCAAUCUGGCCAACGUGAUCCGAUAUUUCCCCACCCAAGCCCUCAACUUUGCCUUCAAAGACAAGUACAAGAAGAUCUUCCUGGGUGGCGUGGAUCAGAAAACACAGUUCUGGCGCUACUUUGCCGGCAACUUGGCUUCCGGCGGUGCGGCAGGCGCCACCUCACUGUGCUUCGUCUAUCCUUUGGACUUCGCCAGAACAAGACUUGCAGCCGACAUCGGGAAGGGGACAGCCGAGAGAGAGUUCACCGGGCUUGGAAACUGCAUUAGCAAGAUCUUUAAAACAGACGGCAUCAAGGGUCUCUACCUCGGCUUCAACGUGUCCGUGCAGGGCAUCAUCAUUUACAGGGCGGCCUACUUUGGAUGCUUCGACACAGCUAAAGGAAUGCUCCCAGAUCCCAAAAACACGCACAUCGUGGUCAGCUGGAUGAUCGCCCAGACAGUGACUGCUGCAGCCGGCCUGGUGUCAUACCCCUUCGACACCGUCAGACGUCGUAUGAUGAUGCAGUCCGGUCGCAAAGGAGCUGACAUCAUGUACAAGGGCACAAUCGACUGCUGGAGGAAGAUCCUCAAGGAUGAGGGAUCAAAGGCCUUCUUCAAGGGCGCCUGGUCCAACGUGAUCAGAGGCAUGGGCGGCGCCUUCGUGCUGGUGUUGUACGACGAGAUCAAGAAAUACACAUAGGUCACUCCAAGUCUCCAUGGAAACCCUUCAUAAUGCCAGUCUUAAUUCUUGUAACAUGUUGCAGCCAGGCGGAUGGAAUGUGUCAAAUGAAUCUUAUGUAUAUACACUCAAGUCAUAACAUUAGGUACACCUUCACAAUGUAAUACAUUUGAUCUCAGUAGAUUGUGCAAGUGUACCUAUCAAAGUGUCCAAUUGGUGUGUCAUGUGACCACUCUUACUCUGUACACAGCCUCACUGUUAUAGGAAUAAAGGUUUAUUCUGUUUCUCACGCUCUUGUUAUGCCAUG